AUGAAUAAUUAUUUUUAAACUGGUUCUGAAAUCAAAGGGUAUCAGAUAUAAAGUUUAUUAGGAAGGGGGGGAUUUGGUUAGGUAAUUAUGAGUAAUAUUUAGGUUUUUAGAGGAAUUAAGAAGGAUAAGUUAUAAUAGGUAGCCAUAAAAGUGAUAGAAAUUGAGAGAUUUGCAGAAAAUGAGGGACUUUUUGGAAAACUAGUGGAGUCAGAAAUUAAGGCCUUGUAACUAGUAAAGAGUGACCAUGUUAUUGCUAUCUACGACACAUUUUAAGAUGAUCAAUAUCGUUACAUAGUCCUUGAAUAUUGUGAUUGUAAACUCGAUUAAAAUUUAUUUUAGCUGGCGACUUGGAGAUUCAAUUAAAGAAUCCAAACUUUAAAUUAACUGAAUAAGAUGCACUAGGAAUAUUUAAGCAAAUUCUGAAAGGUCUAAGAGAUUUACAUGCAAAAAAUAUCAUUCAUAGGGAUUUGAAAGCGUAGAACAUUAUGGUUCAUAAUAAUUCUAUUUAUAAAAUAGGCGAUUUAGGGUUCUCUAGAAUCUUAGAUAAUGCAGUAUUCUAUUAUUAUUAUAAGAGGAUCAACAAUCCAGAUUACAAUUAGGUAGCUUAUUCACAAUGGCUCCUGAAAUAUUUAAUUAGCAACCGUAUGGAUUAGCGUCAGACAUGUUUUCCAUGGGAGUCAUCUUCUAUUAAAUUCUAUACAAUAGACUUCCAUUCAAAUAGAAGGAUUACCUGUAAGGCGAUCAACGUAAUCUAAAUUAUAUUUUAGCGAACAUAAAUUUCGAGAAAAACUAAAUUGAAGUGUCAAAUUAAACUCAAGAUCUCUUGCUCCAGAUGCUAUAAUUUGAUCCUUAAAAGAGAAUUACUUUUUAGAAUAUAAUAGUUCAUCCAGCUUUUGGAAAACCAAUAUUUAGUAAUGAUUUCAUUCAUUCUCUUAGGUUUGAUAAGCAAGAUACAAUUGCAAGCCAAUAGAAUACCCUUUGAAGACUAUUAAGAGUUUUACUUUGAAUAAAGUGCUGAAAUAGAACUAAACUUCUAAAAUAAUUUUGAUUUCCAACCCAAUAUUCCCUAAGUAGUUUAGGUUUAAAAAUAACCCUAAAAAUACAUCAAGAUUUGUGAAAUAGAGGACAUUUAAUAAUACAAACCUAAUCAAUUAGGGGUAGAGGUAGACAAAAUCACAUAAAGGAUUAAUGAGAUGUUCUACUUUUCAAACACUUUUCAGGAAUUUGCAUAAAUUUUUGAAUUACCCAAUUUAAUGGCUUUGUUGUGUUUAAAAUUAUAAUAAUUAUGUGAAGAAAUAAUCAAUUUGAUCUAUUAAAAUAAAGAUAAGUAUCAAAAUCAAUAGCAAUAUAAGGAUGAAUUUGUUAAUCUUGAAUUAUAGGAGCAGGAAAUGGUUACUUUAGCUGAGGGAAUUUUAUAUUAAUUGAAUGAUCUAAAGGAGCAAUUAAUUAAUUUCGAUGACGCCAAAUUUGCUUAUUCUUUAUCAGAUAAUUUACCCAAAUAGUAAUUUAAUUCUAUGUUCUAUCAAAUAUUGUAGCAUUUUCUUCAAAAGUAAAAUUAUUAAAUUACUAUUGCAUCAUCUCAUUUAAUUAACUGCUAUUUAUAUUGCAUAACUGAGAAUACAUAGUUUUUAGAUUUCAAUGAAACAACCUUCAACCUGAACAAGUCUAGCCAAAAAUAUAAAGAUUCAGAAAUUCUUUUAAAAAAUAUUGAAUUUUUUUCCUAAUAGCUAAAUAGUUAAGAAUAUUGA